AAUUAAUUUGGAGCAGUACAUCAAAUCAAACUGGCAGCUUUGUCAGAACCAGAACAGUUGUCAGGUACAGGCCACUGGUCAGUGGUGUCAGAGGAGACCUGUACAGAGGUUGUCAGGUACAGGCCACCGGUUAGUGGUGUCAGAGGAGACCUGUACAGAGGUUGUCAGAUCCAGGCCACCGGUUAGUGGUGUCAGAGGAGACCUAUAGAGAGGUUGUCAGGGCUAGGCUGCUGGUUAGUGUUGUCAGAGGAGACCUGUACAGAGGUUGUCAGGUACAGGCCACUGGUCAGUGGUGUCAGAGGAGACCUGUACAGAGGUUGUCAGGUACAGGCCACUGGUCAGUGGUGUCAGAGGAGACCUUUACCUAUAACAUGCUUCACUACAGACUUUGCACAGAGGUUGUCAGGUCAGGGUUGUCAGGAGACAUAUGUACCUAUAACAGAGACUCUGUACAGACAUUGUCAGGUACAAGCUGCACAGAGGUUGUCAGGGCCAGGCUGCCUUUCUAUAAUAAGGGUCUAGCUGUGGCUGAGGAUGCAAGUGUGAGGUCCUGAGAGUCCUUCAAGGAAUUAAUAAAACCUAGAAGAGGAUGCUUCCUGAUCCGCACAGAGUGGCCCCUGCCUGUAAGACCGCACUUAACUACUGGACGUAAUAAAGCGUAAUAUCGUGUAUCACAGUCACAGGCGUCACCCAGGAGCCGACGGAUGAAGACGGGGACAUUAUGUACAAAAAUGUCAUCGACCCGAAACAAAGGGAGAAUCAGAACCAGUCACAGAGGACUAGUCCCAGAGGCUUGCGGACUCUUCCGCCAUGUGGUACUAUCACUCUCAUCCUGCUCUGCUGCGCUCUCCUGGCUGCUGUCAUCGGGCUCUCUGUACAGUUAUCUCAGGUGUCCGGACGUCUCCUUAGCACAGCAGCCACAUUACAAGAACUACAGGGAGAUCAUGAAGACCUCGGCUCCAGAUUCACCGAGAAUAACCAGAGAACAGACUCCAUGCUCCAAAUGCUUCAGAAGAACCAGAGAGAACUGGAGAAGACCAAGGCUGAGCUGCAUGAGGUGCAGGAGAAGUGGAAGACCUCCACACAGGAGUUACAGAGAAUGAGAAGGGAGAAGGAAGACACAGAGACCACACGGAACUCCUUGCAAAAUCUUCUCCUGAUAGCCAAAAAUGAGCUGAGAGGGAAACAGGAGGAGCUCACACAAUGUGAGGACAACCUCAGAUCAGUCCGUACAGAGAAGACGACAUUAGAGAGGACGCUGACUCAGACAAAAACCUCUCUCGCAGAAACCAAGAGGAAACUCUACUCAACAACAAUGACAUUAAACCAAAAGAUUACAGAACUAAACAAUGUAAGACAAUCCCUCCAAGAGACAGAGAGGAACCUGGACAACAACAGAAGAGGAUAUUCAGAGCAGCAGAAGAAGAGGCAAGAAGACCUGGAGCAGAGACUGAGCGAGGCUGGAAGAUGCUUAACCAGUAGAGCCUGUUCAGACAUCGUGAACAUUGACGAAAAUACAUCUGACUCCUUUAACUACUGCCCCUUGUGGUGGCAUCAGAUUGAUGAGAUGUGUUACUACUUCUCCAGUCAGAAGAAAGCGAGAAUUGAUGCUGAAGUAGACUGCACAAGCCAAUCAGCCUCACUGGCCAGAGUGGAAGAUGAGCUCAUCGAGCUGCAAAAUCUGAUUGAGAGCACUGGAGAAAGUUACUGGAUCGGUCUACAUAGAGAGGAUGACUCCUGGAAGUGGCCGGACGGAUCCAUCAAAGAUGAUUUCCAGAAGACAGGCAGCCAUUAUUGUGUGAAAGCAAGUCCCCGGCUGGACCUGGCCACGUGCAGAACUAAGCUGCCCUGGAUCUGUGAAAUGAGGGCCAAGAGAUGCAGCUGCAAGGCUGAGGCGGUGCGCUGUCUGUGGGAGAAGAUUGGAGCAUUCGGACAGGAUCGCCAGGAGCUAUAAUUCUCUGAUAAUAUACAUAUUACACAGAUGGGUAAUAAGUAUGUGCCCCCAUCCUGAUGUCUCCUAUUACUCCUAUGCUGCCAGGGGCGUAACUAAAGGCUCCUGAUGGAAAACUUCAACCACCCCAACUGCACCACCCCAACUGCAGCCCAUCCAUACUUUGUCAGCAGCAUCUCUGGGUCUCUGAAGUGACACCUCGAGGCAGCACUAGCAGAGAGCUUCAUGACUAGUCAUAAAUGAUAAAGGGGAAUGAGCCUCAAGACAUAGGUUUUGACCUUUUUUUCCUCCCAAAGGGCAUAACUAUGAAACAACUUUUCGAACAUAAGACCAAUAAAAAAUGCCUGCCAGCAGAGGUACUGUUCUGCCCAGCAGGGCUAGAAAAUUAUCUUGGUUCAUUUUCCAGAGUUUAAGAAUCAUCUCAGAUCACGUCUAUUUCUUCCCUAAUUCAUUCUGCCGCAAUUCCUGUAUUUCUGUAGUUAUUAGGUUACAGCACCAUCUAGCGGUGGUAAAAAUGUACUGCACUUUGUUUUCUUGGUAAUAAAGAUUAUCAUAUUGUGGGUGGUGCUAGGCAUUGUGGGUGGUGCUAGGCAUUGUGGGUGGUGCUAGGCAUUGUGGGUGGAGCUAGGCAUUGUGGGUGGUGCUAGGCAUUGUGGGUGGUGCUAGGCAUUGUGGGUGGUGCUAGGCAUUCUGGGAAAGAGAAGCCCAGUCUCCAAACUUCAUGUUGCAGGACAUCAGCAGAGCGGUCUCCUGCAUAUCUCCUUUUCAAACCUCACCAUCCUUGUGCAAGCAUAUCUGGUAAGAGACCUAUCUCUGUCUCAGGAAAGAGGUAGUAACUGUUUGUUAGCUAUGCAAUACUAUGUAUAGUAUUAGGGUUUCUCUGUUAAUGUUGUAAUGUUAUCUAUACUUCUACAACUUCCUGUAUUGUUUUCGUUUUUCCACACAUCAAAUGCUCCUGUUUUACCAAUAAACG